UUGAACAAUAUGGCUUCACUGCAUUUGAGAAACAAUAGGUUUGAUGGGGAAUUUCCUGUGUCUCUACAAAAUUGCAUUUCAUUGGUGGUUUUGGAUCUUGGAAAUAAUUAUUUUACUGGGGGUAUUCCUGCAUCAAUAGGAGAAAGCUUAAAAGAGUUGAAGAUCCUUUGCCUGGAUUCAAAUGAACUAAAAGGAUCAAUCCCAAUUAAGAUUUGCCAACUCCAAUCCAUUCAAAUAAUGGAUUUGUCUUUGAACCAUUUAUCUGGUUCCAUUCCAUCUUGCUUCAAUUCAUUAAUGACUAAAUCUGAAGAAUGGAUGCCAUACACGGAGACUGUUGGAUCUUCUCAACAAACCUAUGGGAUUCUAGACUCUUUCGAAGAAUAUUUCUUUGAUUAUGAAUGGCUUAUGUGGAAGGGUAUAGAGUUGGAGUAUGGUAAGAACCUCAAAUUCAUGAAGCUCAUUGAUCUCUCAAGCAAUAAAUUGGUUGGAGAAAUUCCAGUUGAGAUAACUGAUUUGCAUAUGCUUAAUUCCCUAAACCUGUCAAGAAACAAGCUGACCGGAUUCAUCCCAGACAAGAUUGGUGAGAUGAGGUCGCUAGAGAGUCUCGACCUGUCAAACAAUCAACUUUCUGGAGCAAUACCACCGACCCUUGCUAGUAUAUCAUUUCUUGCUCACUUGGACUUGUCGAACAACAAUUUGUCUGGUUGUAUUCCACUUGGCACUCAGUUGCAAGGAUUCACUGAGGCUUAUCAGGGAAAUUCAAAGCUACGAGGGCCUCCACUUCCAACAAAGUGUCAUAGAGAUGAACCUGGAAAUGCUCCACAAGGGGGAAUUGAUGAAAUUCAAGAUGAUGAAGGAUGGAUUAUUUGGGACUUUGACUUCUUUGUGAGUUUGGCACUUGGAUUCAUUUUUGGUUUUUGGGGAGUAUGUGGAACCUUAAUACUCAAGCGUUCUUGGAGACAUGCAUACUUCCAAUUAUUAGAAGACAAAAAAGAGAAGCUUUGCACUGCCAUUGUAGUCUAUGGAGCGAAAUUGAAGAGAGGCAUGGGAGUAAAAGGAUCAACUCAUCUUCUUGAGCUGCAGGAAGUACGAACAAAGGCCAUUUGAGUACCUCCGAUCCGAUCCAUGUCAUUCUAAAUAAAGUUCAAUAAUCAUGUGUAUUUGUGUGUUUGUAUUCAUAUUUCAAGUCAUGUAAUUCUAUUUUAUUCUGUAUUGUGUGUAUUGAGCUUCUACUAUA